AUGAGUGAUCCUACUGCAGCUUGGCGCCGUGCAUUUGGCAGUAGGCGGGCAGGCACGCUUAAAAACCGGCCAGUCGCAUGGGAGGCUUUCCUCAGAUGGCUGGAACAAGCAGAGGCGACCGCACGGCCGUCCGGCCCAGGCAUCGUUCUGCAGCACUUCCAGGAACGGUUCGAGGGUGGAACUUUGUACAAGACCACAUCUAACUCGUUUCUGGGAAGUCUUUUCCUGCUGGAGCAGGUGGGGCAGGUUCUUCCAGCAGAUCGUCUUUCUUCGGACACUCUCAUCACUGAGGCCGUUAAGUCAUGGAGUACGGAGCUUGAAACCUACGCUCCAGCGGUGAGGCAGGCGCCAAUGUUCAGUAUAGCUAUUCUUCUUGCGCUUGAGAUUACAUUGGUUCGGACUGGCACGCCCCCGAGGCUCCGCUUCGGUUGUUUCAUGCUGCUCAUCAUGGUUUGGUCAGCACUUCGGCGCGACGACUUACAGAGCAUUGAUCCAUCCUCGCUGAGCUUAUCACAACUGGGCCUGAAAUUCACACUGCGUAGAACGAAAACAUCGGGCCCCGGGAAGAAGCUAGGCGCAUUGCAGGGCUUCAUCCUCAGGGCUGUGAGCCUAAGUGGUUACGACUGGGUCGCGGCUGCUUGGGGAGUUCUUCGAUCUGAUGAUUUCAACUGGCCUAGAGAUUUUCUUUGCGUUCACCUGGAUGAGAAUUGGGCGGUGGCGUCACAUGCUUCUCGGAGCCUGAAGGGGUCGCUGCAUUGGUUAGAGCAGUUCUUCGGUAGCUGCACCCCAAGAAGCAUCAAGGGCAAUGGGGCCUUUCGAAGGCCUCACACCUGGUUCCGGGUGAAGCCGUGGCGUUCUGGUCGGGCCAUUCGGCAAGGCAUGUCCUACCUUCACUUGCAGCUGCGAUUGGCGCAAGUUAUCCAUCAGGCCCAGUCGGCGAUUUGUACAUCGCUGCUGGAGGGCAAGCCGAAACCGGGUUAUAUCGAAGAGGAGCUGCUUCAGGAACUCAAUGAGUUCGGAGUGGCCCGCGGCCUUACAAAUGGUCUUCUUAUUAGAGCCCAUUCUGUUUUGGAAGCUUCCUCGACAAGUCAGCCAUCUCGCUGUCGGUAA